AUGGCACGCUUGGCUAAAGACACCCCUCCUUCUCGCUCUUGACCUUGCCUUGGUACAUUCCAGAACCCCUCAGAGAGACGUGCUUUAUGGAGCAUACACCGGGAGAGGCUGCCAUUAUAGAAGGGGAUACAGCAGAGGCAGGGAAGCAAGCCUGAUGGUUAUUUGUAGGGAUGGCAUUGCUAUUCGGCUCCUACUGUACAUUCUCCCUCUGGGCUGCCAUGUUGUUUGUGCGUGAGAUCUGGGGCAGGCUGUCUGUCUCGUCCAUGUCAGUGCCGACUGUUGCAGCUUCUCGCCUUGUCUCCAUCUGUUCUCGUGGCGUUAGCAAGCCUGGAAGUCACUGGAGACGGUCCUAAGUCUGGCGCAGCCCAUCCUUCCUUUUACGGUAUUGGAUCACAGUUAGGCUCCCUGCGUGCGCACACAUGCACGGUCUCGGCGAGAGAUGCACGGAGGCAGUGUUUCACCGCAACAAGCGAGCAGUGUCAGAUUUGUGAGAGGCUCGCAGGAAUUGUUCCAUCAGGGAGGGAUGAACAAAGACAAUUCAAAUAGAUCAGCGGACAGUCUUUCAGCCGACUGCGUCGUUCUCCAUCGUUACCCAGCUCUCUUGUCAAAAUCACACGUUCUGCCCUCCUAACUUUAGGCCUUACUGGCAACUCUAGGCUAAAUUAUCAUUGGUUGCCAGGGAUACAAGGACACAUUGUGCAGGAGAAAAGGGAGGGCGAGGAAUCGAGAUAAAGGGGAAGAGUAAGGAGCAGUGUUUGCAGCUAUCCCGACAGAAAAGGAGGCUUCCUUAAUCUAGUUAUAAUUCUAGUCGAGGAAAUGAGGCAGAGUCAUGUGGCGGAAAAAGACGAGAGGAUGAUUAUCCACCUGUCAAAGACGACGACCACCCCGUCCCACUCUUCUGCCUUUAUCUCAUGUUUUCGUUGAAGACGGUCACAAAUUUAACAGCGCGGAUCAUUGGGGACGCGUUUGCUGCCGAAGAAACACACCACGCUGAAUUUGACACAAUAAACCAGCAGCUGACAAUGGUGUGAAGUGGAGGGCCUCCUGAACACAGACAGACUGGCUGCAUGUAUCACCCGGCAGAGCUGUACUCUGGCCGUAAAACAUGGCACACCUACCCAGAUGGAGGACCAAACAGAGGACAAUGGGCCCCGCUAAACAGUCGGCCUUGGAGCCAAACGCAAAGAUGCAACGGAGGACGCGUUCCAUCCGAUCAUCCCAUUUCCCCGUCAAGUCCUCCAUAUCACAGGGGGGACCGAGCAGUCCACUAUGCCCCAGACAAGGGUUCCUCUAAGGGGCACAGGCAGGCUCUGCAUGGUUGGGAUGGUAAAGAGCAGCCAUUUGAGGCCCAGAACUGGCAUCACAACUCUGUGCGCUCAUUCCACAACCGAGCUGGCACCAACAAUGGUUAUCUAACAAGACCAGGACAACGCUACAUAAACUGGGACAGCAAUGUCAGCAACUCUUUGCAUGGGAGUCCUCGCCUGCACCGUAACAACAGAGAGCUGCAGUCCCCCCCAGAGAGAUGGGCUCCUUCAGACUUGCGCAGAACCUUCCCUUGUCGAAUGAUCAAUGACAGAGCCGGGCCUUGGAAACGACCAGCCUCUCACCAGCGCCAAGCGCAGAUGCACCAGCGUAGUCCACCCCCACAACACCCUUCAUCAACAAGGGACGAGUGUCCAGCCAAGAGGAGCCGGGACUCGGGUCCUGAUCAGUCAUCUCAUCCUGGAUCAAGGCAUGUCGUCGCCCAUCCCCCGCUCCCACUGCGCCACCACCGUUGCAACCAAGGUGACUGGAAGCCUCCUCACGACAGGACAGGUCCUAGCCACCCCUCCGACCACAGGACCUCAACAACACAGCAACAGGAGACCUCGAAAUCACGUGCUGGAGGACAUAGCUUUUGCAACAGCGACCCAACAGUCCAAAACCAGGGUUGCAGCGGCAGGGCUUCACAUAACGGAAACGGUUAUCGCAAAAUGUCUUCACCGGCAGAACACACCCGUGUGCCUUACAGCCACCCAAAUCCUCAUUACCACCAUCAGCGGCACGCUCACCACCCCAGAGCUGAACAGCACAAACCCCUGACGCGCCGCCUUGAGGAAGGGGACGAGGACUCAAGGAAUCAUCUCCACAAGCAAAGCACAGAGAUUCGGCGUAACGCAAGAGGCAUUUCAAAAGAUCCAGCCACCCUGUGGUCUUCUGCAGAAGAUUCUCCCAACUAUUCCUCCCUUCAUUUGAAAGAUUCUGCUCACAGUCCACGUGUUAGUCCUUCGUUACACAAAGCAGCCAACUGCAGCAGUCAACAAUGUAGCCCCGGCCUCAGUAGGCAACCCAAAGUCCAGGGAAGCCCCGCUCGCAAAGAAAGGUUCUGCGCAACCUCGACCCCAGCCGGUCCAAAAGCCAACUUUUCAGAUGUCCAAUACAAGAAGACCUCGCAGCUUCUCUACUUGUCUCCCCGCGGCAGCUCCAGGAUAAACAGGCCGGCAGAGGCGUCGCAAACUCGAAGAACAGCCGGAUGCAUAAAGAAAGAUAAGCUGGUGAAAAGGGAAAGAAGCGACAAUGUCGAAAAGGCAAACAAAAACGCCGAAGACAGAAAAAAACGGAAGAAAAAAGAGCAAAAAUUAGUUGAGAAAAAAAAGAAAAGGGAUAAGGCGGCAAGGAAAGAAAUGAAAAGAACCCUGAAAGCUCAAAAGAGAGAGAAGGAAUCUCACGGCUCCCCUCCGAUUGCCAACUCCGCAGUAGAGGGGCAUCUUUCCGUUGGUCGAUCUUUCCCUCCCAAGGGUACUUCUCCACAGCCAUUGCGCCCAAAAAAGCAAAGACACCGAGGCCCCACGACAAAAAGCCCAACCAGGAAGGACCUCCCCGCAUUCACUUCUCGGUCAGAACAAGGACCAAAAGCAAAAGCUAAAGAUAGCCUGCCUUCCCUUUUGUAUGAAGCCUUAGAACCUCUCAGUGCAGGCCACGGCAAGGAGCGAGGAGGGCCUCUCCGUGCCCCGGAUCUCCAGCCGGUGGGUGUGAUGGGAAACAGCGACGUGGGCGACAACCUUGCCAACACUCCUCCUGUACUCAGCUGGCAGGGCUCACCGGUAUCGGAUGUGGGAGAGGAUGAAGACGAGCUGGAAAAGGGAAUGAUAAGCAGACCCGUCCUCCAGCCCAGCCCCACUCACUGUUUUUCUCCUCUGCCCUUAGAAAGCGACAGUAUUGAUCAUGUGCUUAAGGAGUCUGUUGAAAGUCAACUGGCAGAUUUUUCGGAACCCUCUGAUCCAUCAAGUGCGACUAAACGUGUUCUUGAAGACGAGAAGAAGAAAGUAAUUCCAGAAAGGUCCGGCUCUCUACGUCCGGAGCUUCACCAUAAAGCAGGUCUGGAUGAUGUUUUCGAGAGCUUGGCCACUUUGCUCAGUGGUCAGAGGGCCGCAUGUCGAGGGGGUCCGUUCGGGGGGUCUCCUGCUUUGACCGCUAAUGGGGUUAAGUUUGCUUCCUCUCUUGCUCUGGGACCAGAUAUUAACUGUCGGCAGCGGCAAGAUUGCGGCCACGAGUCACAUCCUGCAUCCUCCUCAGAAACUAAUAAUCAGCCUGCUUCCCGUUUAGAACAACGCGGUGAGACAGCUCAGUGGGAGCCGAUCACAGACGAAAUGGACGAUAUCAAAGACAGACAAGACAAGGAUGAAGACAUCCAAAACGAAAAAGAGGUCUCGCUUUUGGACCACUCACUCAGUGCCGAGCUGAGACUGACCACCACCCACACCGCCUCUUUGAGCCACCUCCUUGUCUCGAGCAAGGACGAGAGGCUAAAGAGUGAGGCCAGAGCUCACCGAGCCCGCCGCCUGAAAAUGAAGAUAAAGAAAGAGAAAAGCACUCUUCGCCCCAAAUGUAAACACAGACAUAACAAUCGCAAACCCCCGCCCAGCAAAGCUAUGCGGAAAGAGAGCGUGCAACGUGGAAAAGCCGAAGCAAACAUCAUAACAAAGAAUAAAGAAGAUGAUGUCAGUGUGCUUGAAACUGCUGUUUCAUCAGGAGCCGGCGGAACCUCUGAUAAUAAAACCUCAAGCGCAUUAUCAACUAUCGGUGCAUCCAAAUUAUGCACCGCUACACCAGCUUCUGUUGACCCGCUCAAGCUCAAAAUGUUGUCCAUGGGCUUCACCAAGGAGCUGAAGGUCCUCUUGGUGAAGAUGAAGAUCGAUGGCACGCACGCGUUCAACAUGGCAGAAGCGGAAGAGCAAAAAGUCCCGCUUUGCCAGCUCAGUAUCCAAAACACAGCCGCUGAAGUGGUGAGCGCUUGCAGGGGGGCAAAGGUUAAGGACAAAUUCAUGGAGUCAUACCUGCUUCCUUCGCUCUCUGUGAAACCCAACAUUUCCAUCCAGAUUCCGAUUCCCCGAGAAAAGCUCAACCCUCCCACGCCAAGCAUCUAUUUGGAGAGCAGGAGGGAUGCCUUCUCGCCGGUCCUGCUUCAGUUCUGCACCGAUCCCAAAAAUGCGGUGACCGUCAUCAGAGGCCUUGCCGGUUCUCUCCGCCUCAACCUUGGCUUGUUUUCCACCAAAUCUCUGGUGGAGGCCAACGCAGAGCAUGCGGUGGAGGUGAGGACGCAGGUCCAGCAGCCUGCCGAUGAAAACUGGGAUUCCCGCGGCUCGACGCAGACGUGGCCCUGCGAGAGCAGCCGCUCGCAUACCACCGUUGCCAAAUACGCUCAGUACCAGGCCUCCAGCUUCCAGGAGAGCCUGCAGGAGGAGAAGGAGAGUGAGAACGAAGACGAAGAAGAAGAAGAAGAGCAAGAUGACUCUUCAACAUCAGCCGGCGGUAAAGGCAGCCCACCGGCGACUGACAUGAAAGCCACUUCUGCGCUCCCCUCGGGCAAAAACGCCACCGCCAACACACACACCGCCAGCUCAGAACUGAAGUCUGUCGGAAAGAUAAUCAAAUUCGGGACCAACAUAGAUCUCUCAGACCCCAAACGUUGGAAGCCUCAGCUGCAGGAGCUGCUCAAGCUGCCGGCGUUCAUGCGAGUGGAGUCGAUCAACAACAUGCUCAGUCAUGUCGGUCACACAAUCCUGGGCAUGAACACCGUCCAGCUGUACAUGAAAGUUCCGGGCAGCCGGACACCAGGUCACCAAGAGAACAACAACUUCUGCUCGGUCAACAUAAAUAUUGGACCGGGUGACUGUGAGUGGUUUGCUGUCCACGAGCACUACUGGCAGGCUAUCAACACAUUCUGCGAGAAGCACGGAGUAGACUACCUCACAGGGUCCUGGUGGCCAGUUCUGGAAGACCUCUACAGCUCCAACAUCCCUGUGUACCGUUUCAUUCAGAGGCCGGGCGACUUGGUGUGGAUCAAUGCCGGGACGGUGCACUGGGUCCAAGCGGUGGGCUGGUGCAACAACAUCGCCUGGAAUGUGGGACCUUUAAACUCGUACCAGUAUCAACUCGCCCUGGAGCGAUACGAGUGGAAUGAGCUGAAGAAGGUUAAGUCAAUAGUUCCCAUGAUCCACGUUUCCUGGAAUGUGGCUCGCACCAUCAAAAUCACGGACCACGACACCUUCAAGAUGAUUAAACACUGCCUGCUGCAGUCCAUCAAGCAUAUCCAGAUUUUGAGGGAACAACUGACGGCUUCUGGAAAGAAAAUCUGCUAUCAGAGUCGUUUGAAAGAGGAGCCGGCUUACUACUGCAAUGAGUGUGACGUGGAGGUGUUCAACAUGCUGUUCGUGACCAGUGAACACAGCACUAAGAAGACAUACGUGGUGCACUGCGAGGACUGCGCCCGAGCCAAGAGCGCGUCGUUGACAGGAGUGGUGGUGCUGGAGCAGUACCGAACGGAGGAGUUGAUGAAAACUUAUGACAGCUUCACACUGGCUCCAUCACCCUUAUCAAAAUGAGGAUGUCGGCGUUUGCGUCUUUCAGCCAUAACCAAAACUAAUGGCAGCACAAAUGUUGCCUUUCCAGGCAAUCUGUUCCUGCAAGCACGUUGUGAAUCAGCCAAUCGACGUUUACGCUGUUGUUUACAUCACACAAGAAGGUAUAGAGGUACAGCCAAUCCAAGUACAGCUCACUGUCUUCCCCGUACCAGCUGCUGAUUGGACUUGUGCGUUGAAAUAGAAUGACUAGAAUGGUAAUUGUCAUGGAUGGGAAAAAAAAAGGUGAGCACUGCUAGCACUGAAAAUCAGGUUAUAUACAUUCAACGGACUCUGCUGUGAUUCAAAAGCGUCAAGUAGCCAAUUUUAUGUAUCAAUUCAGGUACUUUUAUGCAAAUUCCGUUUUUUUUACACCAAUCUAGUUAUUCUAUAUGUCCAUGAAUUUGCUGUGAUUCUAUUGUACCAGCAGGGGAAACCGCUUCACGCAGUAGCUGAUUGUCACAUUUGCGUCAUAUCGAUAUUGAUCCCAGUUUGUGUUGAUCUUCAGGUAAACUUUGACAUGUUACUUACUCAAUGCCUGUAAACUUUCUGAGGUGCUAUAUUCCAAUCUUGUUUAUUACUGUCAGAUCAGUUCAAAAAGUUCCACCAGCCUGGAAGUACACCACAUUGGCCUUGUGAACUGAUUUAUGAGGAGUUGUAAUUAGAGUGUAAAACUAUGCGAAUUUGCUUUGAUUUCACUUGGAAAAAAAAGAUUUCUCUAAAAUACGGGUUUGUUAGAGAACUAAUAUGGCUGUGUUCUUAGUUGGGGAUCAAAUAGUCGAUAGAGUCUAUUGAUAUACCUGAAAGCAAAUGUGGUGCGGAUUUUCUAUUUGAUUUGUUUGGUACGGGAACAGAAUCCCAAUUUUAUACCUCUUUGUGUUGCUUGCUUCUUGUUUUUUUUUAUUAUUAUUUGACACGAACAUAAAUAACUGUACAUUGUGAAUGACUUUAUGGGGUAAAAAGUGGAGUGCAUCGAUGAAAUACAGGGGGAAUCACCAAUUUGGUUGGUUUGUUUUUUUGAACAAAAAGGCCCUCCAAGAGAGUACAUGCGUACAUAUCCCCUCAUUCUAAAUGUCACUGGAUAUGUAAUGAACAUGAAGGUAAACAUGUUUACCUUGAGUACAUUCUCUCACCAUCAAUUCUGUGUCAUUGCAACUUUUCUACUCCGCAGUUGACAAUUUGAGAUCCUUUUUGAUGUGCUGUAUCUCGGCCCAUUUAACCUGGUCACAAUUUGAAAACGGAACCCAACUCAACGUUCUAAGUUCUCAGUAACAAAUUUCAACAGAUUUUGCUGUUAGUGGAAAGUCUCAAACUCGGAACAUCCCAGACUUUGGCAGCUCUUGUCAAAGGUCAUCUUGCAACUUUUAUUAGUUUUCAUAUUUUGGGCUCCUUUGAAAGGACUACAAAAUGUUUUGUGUUCUAAAGUAAACCACUUAUUUUAAUUACUAAAGGGUGUAUAAAUCCGUGUAAGAAUUUGGGGAAAGGCCUAUUGUGUAACAUUCCAAUUGAAAUGAUUUGUCCCCUGCUAUUAUUCCUCUCUGCACACCAUAUCAUGUACAUAAUAUAUCUGUUUUCUAGUUGACUUGACUUCUAUAGUUCUCUUUGGAAUCUAAUUUGUAAAUGGUCACAUUUGUCAUUUGUCAUCCUCAGUCGCUUGGUUGUUUUUUUUUUGUUGUAGUUGUUGUUGUUGUUGUUGGGGGAGGAUAUAAUACUGAACUAUCCUAAUUCACUCUACUUUUAUUACUGCACUGGGAAUUUCUUCCCACUUUUAUACCUCUUUUGUUUUAGGAUGAUUGCAGAGAAAAUUGUACAUUGUGACAUUAUUUAUACUGUACAUGCCACAUGCUUUUCUGAAAUAUUUAUUGUAUAUGGAAUGGUACUCAUUCAUGGGGCUACAAGGUAUUUUGAAGCUGUAGUAUGGGGUUGUUGUGGAUGGGGGAAGUGCAAUGAGGGGUCAGUGUAAUCCCCUUGGUGCUAGACCCCCCCCCCCCCCCCCCCCUUUGCUUCUGUGCCCCCUUCACGUCACAACACGAUGAUGGGAAGCAGUGAUACAACUCAAGCCAACCUGCUGGUGCUUAGAAACAUUUCAACACAGUUUACUGUAACUAAAAUCAAAUCUUUGUACUGUAUUUAACUCAAAUACUAAUUAUUAUUAUUAUUUUUUUUACCUUUUCAAUUGUGUGAACUUCUUAUGUGGCUAUAUUGGUGACUUUAUAAGCAUUAGUAGCUGUAGUUGUAACCCUUGACACAUUGUGCAGAGACUUCGGGAUGUGACUUUUAAAGGCCAAGGUUUUGUUUUUUGUUUUUUGUUUUGUGUGCGUGUGUGUGUCUUGUCCUCAUUCUGGGUUGUUAUUUGACAGAUGUAAUGUUUUUGUUUUGUUUUCUCUCUCUUGAUUUCUGCUGCACUUACAGUUUCAAAUAGAAUAUGUAGAAGAAAACCUGAGCCGGACCUGUCUUAAAUCCCUCUGUGAUAUUUCUGUGACAUAUUGUAUUGUUCAAGAAAAUAAAAUGUUUUGAUAAAUUA